CCCGCCCUAUGUUCACUGCUGCGCGCACCCGCCUGACCAAUCUGCCCCCACAACGCGCCCUGAGCUUCCAGCGGGCGCACAGCUUCGAGGGGGGAAAGCAGGACGAGCUAGUCCCUUUGCCGCAAGGUGCUUUCUGCUCCGACCAGCCCUCAAUGGCCACUUCUCUCCCACCUGGCAUCAACUCAACCAAUAUUGUAGGCUUCGGAACAACCGGUGUCGUUGCCGUCAUUCCUUGUACUCGAAGAGUUAUCAAGUUUCCACACUGCGAGCCCGAUGCCCGCGCCCGAUGUGAAGUCGAAGUUAAGGUCUACGAACGACUUGAACAGACGCGUAGGGAAUCAUGCUCAACAAUAUUACGAUACCACGGCCAUUGUGAGCAAGGAAUAGUUUUGGAAUACGCUGAGAAUGGGCCAUUGAGAGAGCACCUGCGCACUGCGAAUACACCAAGCAAGACACUACUUCUACGCUGGGCUCGGCAAGCAGCAGAAGCAUUAGUAUUCUGCCAUGCUAAUGCUAUUCUUCAUGGGGACAUCAACUGCAGCAAUUUCUUCCUUGACGGAGAGCAGAACCUCAAGCUGGGGGAUUUUGCUGGAUCAUCGAUUGAUGACUCUCCUGCAACUAUCUGCUACAGCACGACCCAUCAGCUUCCUACCUUGGAUUUCUCAUCUGAAUCAGAAGCCGUCAUCAUUACAAAAGAGACUGAGAUAUUCGCCUUCGGCUCCGCCCUAUAUGAAAUGAUGACAGGCCGCCCACCAUAUGAAGACAAGUCCGAUUCUGAAGUGGAGCGUUUAUUCUUUUUAAAGGACUUCCCAAAAAUCUGCGAUGCUACCAUGUUGGGACCUGUAAUAACGAGGUGCUGGAAUCUGGAAUUCAGUUCUAUGGACGAGGUAUUAGCAAGCAUUAAACAACACGAAGAUCAAUUGCGCGGACCACACAAUAGGCUACAAACUCUCCUUCUUUUUAUUCAGAAAUGGGGCCAUGUCCUACUCUUAAUAGUAGUUAAGCGCCUUAAGCAGUUGAAGUAUCGGCUGUCUUGAGUUAGGGUACAUUUGCUUCUUCUUUGUAAGUUGUGCUUACCGCAUCUUGGUCAUGCUCCUGGAACCUUUGAAGACCCAAAUUGCCAUGGGAUUCGGUUGACUGGAGCACACAUAGGGUCUCCGUCCUGGGCCUUUUUGCAUGGUAUAUCCUUCUCUUUGCGGAUGUGGUGCUUUGGAUCCUGCUUACAUCCUCUGUAAGUGACGGAAUAUUCGUAGUAAUCACACAUUGUCUUCUUUAACCGUUUUGUUAGAGAGCAUUCUCGGAGAGGAGUUGAGUUAACGCGCCUAGCAAUAGAUGCAGCACGGACGCGAAGACAGUGAAGGACCAAGAUGAGAAGGGAUAGGACAAGUGUAUCAGCAACUUGAGUGUGGUGUGUAGACGGCGAUACGGUCCGUCGAUGGGCUGCAGAAGAGGGCAGAUAGAGGUGUUAGAGAGGCGUCAGUGAAUGUUCGAAAUUGGCACGGUCGUAUUGUGUUCUCUAGUGCUGAGGGUC